UAUUUUAACUUAUGUAUGAUAUGUCUGAUUAUUAAACAAGAUUUUCCUAUUCUGUUUUAGUUGAAUUAGAGUCCCCUCAAAGAGACGUAGUGUUUCUAUUGGAUGGGUCAGAUGACACACAGAGUGGCUUCCCAGCAAUGAAAAGUUUUGUCCAAAGAGUGGUAGAAACACUCAGUGUUGGUGAGAACAAAGACCGUGUGUCUGUGGUCCAGUAUAGCAGAGAUCCACAGACACAUUUCAGUUUGAACACCUACAAAGAAAAACAAAAUGUUCUUGCUGCUGUCCAGCAGUUAAACCAUAAAGGGGGCAAACCCCUCAACACUGGGGCAGCUCUCGACUAUGUGAGGAAAAAUGCUUUCACUGAUUCCUCUGGGAGUCGGCAUCAAGACGGUGUCCCUCAGAUAUUGAUUCUGUUGAAUGGGGGAAGAUCUCAAGAUGAUGUUGCAAGUGCCGCUGCCGCUCUAAAACAGGACAAAGUUGUUCCAUUCUGUGUGGGAACGAGAAAUGCAGACAUACUCGAGCUCCAAAUGAUUGCAUAUAACCCUUCCUAUGCUUUCUCUGUGCUUCGGUUUGAUGAUAUGGGUAGCAUCCAUCAACAACUUGUGUCAUUUGUGAAAAGGGUGCCUCGACAGCAGCCAAGACUAAAAUCACACAAUGUAUUGGAUCAAACUGAAUCCAUUCAACGCGAUAUUGUAUUUUUACUGGAUUCUUCGGAUGAAAUGCAAAGUGACUUUAAGGCAAUACUUGGCUUUGUUGAGACAAUGGUGGACAAAUUCAAUGUGGAUGAGAACAAAGAUCAUGUUUCAGUGGUGCAAUACAGCAGAACACCUUCUGUUGAAUUUUUUCUAAACACAUACAAAACACAGCAGGAUGUUGCUGCCAAUGUGCAAAGUGUCAGGUAUAAAGGAGGCACGCCCCUCAAUACUGGUGCAGCCCUUCAUUUUGUCAAGGAUAAUAUUUUUACCGCCUCCUCUGGAAGUAGGCACCAACAGGGUGUCCCUCAGAUUCUGGUUCUCUUAACUGGUGGACGUUCCAGUGAUGAUGUCAGAAAUGCUGCAGAAAACUUGAGAGGAAUGGGUGUUAUGGUAUGUGUAGUGGGAACAAAGAAUGCAGAUACCCUUGAAAUUCAAUCUAUUUCACAGGAAGCCAGUCAUGCUUUCUUUGCUGCAGACUCCAGUGAUCUGUCAGGCAUUGAACAACAAAUAUUUUCUGUCAUCAAGAAGAGCGAGACCCCUGCUGUCAAACCGGCAUUGUAUGAUCCCAACAGAAGAGACAUUGUUUUUCUGCUCGAUGGUUCUGAUGGUUCUCAGCAAAGAUUCCCAGAUAUUAAAGAUUUUGUGCAGAGAAUAGUGGCGGACCUAAACAUUGAUGCAAACAAAGAUCACGUCGCUGUGGUCCAGUACAGCAACACAGUGGAGACUGAUUUUAACUUGAGACGUUACUCAACAGAGGAUGAGGUUCUUGAUGGAGUAAGAGGCCUCAGUCACAAGGGAGGUUAUCCUCAUAAUAUUGGAGCAGCUCUCCAGUAUGUAAGGGAACAUGUCUUUACUUCUGACUCAGGAAGUAGACUUGUUGAAGGAGUUCCACAGAUACUCAUACUACUAAGUGGUGGAAGAUCUGGAGAUGACAUAAGAACUCCAGUCAGAAUGCUGAAAGAGACUGGUGUCAUUUCAAUUGCCAUUGGAACAACUGACGCUGACACCCUAGAGAUGCAGACAAUAUCUCAUGAACCUAAUUAUGCGAUCUCUAUUAUUGAUUAUGAGGCGCUUCAUACUGCUAAGCAGGAUGUGUUGUCAUUGUUAAGAGAUGCUUCACACCAUGUAGAGCAAACCACUCCCAAAAAUGUUUUUGGUAAGAUGCAAUGUUUUAACCUUUUAGCUUAAACAUGUAGU